ACUCUUUUGACAGUAGAUAUUAAAGAGUCAAAGAAAACAAAACAAAAAGGAAACAAAUUAAUCAUUUUCAUAUUUAGAGCGUGCUCCACGCGAAUUUUGGAGAGCUCUUUGCUCGAAUACUACUUUAGUUUUAUCAUGUUAAUUGUUGAAAUAGAACUUUUUAUCUAGAUGAAGAACAAGUGAAUAUUUUUAUAGGAAAUGAAUCUUGUUCUAUCUCAGGGUAUUUGGUCUGCAUUGCUUUUGCUUAUGUGCCAGGCAACUUCCUACAAGUUCUGUGAUAUUAAAGAUUAUUUAGAUACGAGCAAAUGUUACAAUGAUGUGCCAUCUUUUACUAAAACCAAAGACAGGUCUUUCUACAUCUUGUAUGACAUAAAUCAAGUGGAAGGUUUUAAUCUACGAAGGGAUGUGUACAUACGUAUGGCGACUUUUGUUUGGAGCAUUCGCCAAAAGCCAAAGUACAAAAAUGUUAAACUAGUUCUUCCUCCAUUCUUGAAUAUGUAUCACUGGCACUCACAGAACAUUGACCAAAAACGUGUUUUCUGGGGAGAAUUUUUCGAUUUGGAAAGCCUACGAAAAUUUAUUCCAGUUUUAGAUUUUCCAGAAUUUCUCGCAGAACUUGAUGACACUUUAGGGGAUAGAAACAAAACGUACAUCGAUGAAGUUUUUAAGUUGCAAAGUUACGACGAGAUGUUCGAAGAUGGAGUUUUUCGAGAUAAAUUUGAAAAGGCUACGUGUAAAAAUGACGACGAAAGGCGACGUGGUACUUAUUUCGGAUAUAAAAACCUAACACAUCGCACGUUUGCUUGCAUUAACUUUCAAGGAGGUGCAAAGAUGUUAAAGAAAAUGCUUAAUAAGUACAAGACUCCCAAUGCGGGAUAUAAUACGAUGGACAACCGUCCUCGUAUUGUACUUGUACUUCGAAGUGAAACGGUCUUACAUGAUUUCUGGUCAACCCCUGUUUACUGGAAAGCACGUAGAUCAUUGCGUUUUAGUAAAGCAUUGACUUUAAUAGCAGAAAAGUUUCGACAUGAUUUCCUACAUUCUUUCAAAGAUAAAGAAAUGGUUCAGCGGCCGGAGAAUUGGCUCGACGAAAAGCCAUAUCGAGGUGCAGUGGGUGGCAACUAUUUGGCUGUACACUUGCGUAGAGCUGAUUUCUUGUAUGGUCGAGAGGUGCCAACUAUACAAUCAGCAUCUGCACAAAUUAAAAAUAAAUUAAAAGAACUAGGACUAGACAUAGUUUUCAUCGCUAGUGAUUGUACCGGAAAAGAGUUUAAUGAUUUGAAAAAGAGUCUACAUGCAUAUCGAGUUGUGAAAUUUAAACCAGAAUCAAAAGAUCAAUUUGAAAAAAUGAAAGAUGGUGGAGUCGCUAUAAUCGAUCAAAUUAUCUGUGCCCAUGCUAGAUAUUUUAUAGGAACAUAUGAAAGUACUUUUACAUUUAGAAUUUAUGAAGAACGCGAAAUUUUAGGAUUUGACCAAAAAUCAACAUAUAAUACAUUCUGUAAACGUGAGGACAUGAUAAAUUGCGAAACUAAUACGCCAUGGACCAUAAUGUACUAAAGCAUUUUUCACAUUUAUGUAUAUUUAUAUAUUUUUUUUUAUAAAAAUUCAUAAAACCUUUAUUUUUGACUAACAUACAUAUCAUAAAUACAAUAUAAUAAAAAUUUCUUGCUUUGCGAACUAAGUG